UGUUGAAUUUUAUCAAAGGUCAAAAGGGAUAACCAAUGACUGAUAUGCACAUUUCACAAUAUUUAGACCAUGCAUGAUGAAUGUGUGACACUAAUUGUAGGCUUACUGUAAUAAAUUAUCACCAACGAUGAAAAUCCUGGAAGAAAACUUUGAUAGAGUGUUGUUACUUGAACAGAAACUAAUGUUUAACACUAACCUUUUGUUUGCCUGCGUUUACAACAGGGGUUAGCCAAACCUGUUUCUCUCCGGAUGGUGAUCCUUUCCUCAGCGAUGGGGCCCUGAUGCGUUGGAAUCUCACAUACAACACAGAAAUAAACUGAGGCUCUAACUAGCCUUUUCUCCACCCGAAAUCUCAGCAGGCCUCCUCUGCCUUACUACAGCUCUCCCCUCUGAAGUCUGACCUGUAGUAAUCCAGACUGCUUUUAUACACUUGCACCAAACAAUACUAACUGAAAUGAGACUCACACUUUACUCACUCACUCUCACACUUUCAGUCAAACAAUACAAUAGGCUAGGCCUAACCCCCUGCCACUGACCAACACGCCUCAUUGCAAAUUAAACCACCAAAUAGACCACACGCCCCCUCCCCCCCCCCCGAUCUGAAGAUCAUAAAUCUCAAUAAAUACCUGAAAGAAAGAAAACAAAUUAAGCGGCACUAAUACCCCACUUAAGAACUGCAACAAGAGAAUUCAAACAUCAAACACUAUAUAUACAUCUCAAAUCAGCAGCUUCCACCCACUGCUACCUAACCACAUAAUCCUCCUGCCACUCUGGUACUUUUCUAACUCACUGGGGAUACCUCGGUGGGGAUGCCUCAUCAAUCACCACACGGUGCUGAUCGCUCUCUGCAUCAUCUUCGUCUGGAGUUGCCACCUUCUUCAAGUCUAAAAAGUGCCUUGGCACAUGGUUCACUUCUACGUUGUUUCGGGAGUUAACCCUUGUCACCACACCACGACCCCAUUGCAUGGUGUAUCGUGCACCGAGUGGUUUAACCCACACUUCAUCCCCAACCGUCACGGCAGAUGGCUCGUUUAUUUCCCCCCAUUCCCUCUCUGUCUCUGAUGGCUGCCUCCACUUAUACGUAAACACUGAUUGCUGAGGGAUUGUGUCCUGUUCUUGUCUAUACCGUGGUGCACUGUUAAAGUAGAAGACCGCCUCCAUAGGGGAAAUAUUCCCACGUUCUGCCAUGGCCUUAAUGGACCGAUGAUUCCAUUCAACAAUACCAUUCCCACUAGGUCUAUAUGCUGCUCUGUAGUAAGGUUGCACAUCCCAUCCCUCAAGAAAUUGAACAAACAAUUCUGAUUUAAAGGCUGUUGCGUUAUCCAAAAGAAGUUCCCUAACUGGACCCCGUUAGCAAAAUACCUGAUCCAACUCCGCCACUAUACACUGCACUGUUUCACUUCUGAGUUGCCGCCAAAUGGUGAACCUCCCAGGACCACAGUCCACCAUAGUAAAGUAAGGUAUAUUGGGAAAAUGAGUAAUGUCCACUGCAUGCCUCUCCCAGACUGUGCUAACCUCCAAACCCCCAGUUUCGUGUUGUAAUGGAGCAGGGUCUAUCGACUGACAUCUCUCAUAAUUCUUCACAGCUGAUUUCACUUGCUCCUUUGUUAUUGUCGGAUCAACUUCCUUGGCCAGAUACCAUGACCGUUCAACCCCCAUGUGGUGCUGGUUAUGCAGAUCCAUGACAACGGUACUUGUAGCAGCGCUGAUCGCAGCUCUCUUCUUACUCAUUUCUGGUUUGCUGGUUUGAGCCAACCACUCUUUCUUUACUCUUGUUAAAGAGUCAGCCUUGUUGUCCUUUGAAGGCACGAGUCGGACCUGGACUGUUAUCCCUAAUUCCUCUAUGAGUGUCUUCAGUGUCCCAAAUCUCUGCCGCGCAACAUGUUCUCACACGUUUCUCCUCCGACAUCGUCAACCGGAUCCACCCACUAACGGUUGCUGAAUCUGUGACCACUGUAAUUGUCUCCAGACCCUACUUAAUCCCUAGAUUGACACCCUUCAACAUGGCCGCCAGUUCCGUCACAUUAAUGUGAUGAUAAUCAUCAUUCUUCCUCAUCCAGGCCCCAUCCUCAACAAUGACACCAUCAAUUUCCACCACGAUUCCCAUGCCCAAGCUGCUGGCGUCACAUCACACCACCCCUUCCUUCGCUGACCUAACUCCCCACCUACCUCGCACCGAAUCUUCCUUUUGAAUGCAAUCAACUACCUUUUCAAUCAUCAGCUGGGCUCUGUCGCCAAUGUAAUCAUUCCACUUAUCCCCUUCUGAAUGCCGUUUGAUAAAACUGCAGGCUAUCCGCAGCCAGCCAGCCACCGGAUAGUGACCCACCAGUUUUCCACAGAUUGAGAAAAGCUCCCUCUUACUUAGUAUGCAGCCCACCACUGGAACGUCACUGUUUCGUCCAAAUACCAGCAUCCCAUCUGCGCCUCGUGAGAGCUUCAGACCCAACGCUGCUCCCCCCUCUAGCUCCAUGGCCGGCUUUGCCAGUAACCCAUAUCUCGCCAAAUGCGAAAUUACUUCUCCUGCUCUCAGCUGCGACACGUCCACAAGAAUGUCGUCAAUAUAAGAGCCAGUGGCUCUAUCUAUCCGAGGAGACUGUUCCAACACCGUCUUUAACACCUUUAUCAUGAUUCUUGGAAUGGAAUUCAGGCGGAAUCCUACCCUUGUCAACAAUAAAUUCUCCCCUUGUACUGCACCAACUGAUGCUUCCAGAGAUCUGGACUGACACGAAGUUCCUCUGCCUCUGUGGACAUGGAGAGUCGAUAUGUCAGUGCCAUGGUUCUCAGCGGAGUGGGAGAUGCUAUUGGCUACAAGGACGGGGAGUGGGAGUUCUGCCACAACGGUUCCAGAAUCUUUGCACAGCUCCAGUCACUGGGCGGGCUGGACAAAAUAGUAGUCAAGCUACCUGGAUGGAUGGUCAGUGAUGACACAGUGAUGCACCUGGCCACAGCAGAUGCACUAAUUGAAAGCAGCAGAGAGGAUGAUAUGGAAACUCUGCUUUUGAGUAUAGCCAGACACUACAAGCAGUGCAUGAAGGACAUGGCUGGCAGAGCUCCAGGUAACACAUGUCGUUUGGGUACUUCGCAACUCAGGCCUGCAGUAAAAAAAGGUUACAGAAUUCCCUUCAAUCCACGUGGUGGUGGAUGUGGAGCUGCUAUGAGGGCAAUGUGCAUCGGAUUGCGAUAUCCAAGGCCAGAUCAGCUUGAUACUCUGAUCUGUGUGAGUGUAGAGUCUGGGCGUAUGACUCAUCACAAUCCUGUUGGUUUCCUCGGCAGUUUGGCCUCUGCUUUACUUACAGCUUAUGCUGUACAAGGUCGACCCAUUCAGAGCUGGGGUCAAGGUUUAAUGGAAACAUUGCCCAAAGCACUGGACUACAUCCGAUCAAGCGAGUAUUGUGUUUCAGAAAAUGAAGAAGCCUGGGGUUAUUUCGAAAAAAAGUGGCAGGAUUAUUUGGAGCUGCGUGGACUAACAGAUGGCAAGUCCGAGGCCAAGUUUCCGGAGCAGUACGGCUUUGCGGAGCGGGACCAGUUUGUGAAGAGUGUCAGCUUCAGUGGAUGGGGGGGAGCCAGCGGUCACGAUGCUCCCAUGAUAGCGUAUGAUGCUCUGCUUGGGGCAGGAGACAACUGGUCAGAACUCUGUAACAGAGGCAUGUUCCACGGAGGCGACAGUGAUAGUACAGGUGUUAUGGCUGGUUGCUGGUUUGGAGUUCUCUAUGGAUACAAAGGUGUUCCAAAUGGAAACUACAGUCGUCUGGAGUACAGAAAACGGCUGGAGACUGCGGGGGAAAAGUUGUACAAGUAUGCUUUUCCUGACGCAGAUUCUGAAAAAGAUCAGCCAGUGAUGGCAGAGGCAGUCAAAGUUACGGUUGAGGAACCUGCAGCUUCAGAAAAUGCGUCUUCAAAUUGAAAUGAUGCCCACAUUGUUCAAGAUUGUCUAAACAGAACCUCAAGCACUUAGUGAUGAAGGGCCUUGUUGAUUGGUGUUUUUUUUGUGGGUUGAACAUCGUUUGUUUUCGUGGAUUACAUUCGUUCAAUAAAUAGGUAGACAAAACAUAGUGUUAUUCUUCUUCAACAGGAAACAGGAAGUGCGUUUAUAGUUGUAAAAAAAGGGGGAUCAUCCUGAUCCAGCGUUCAUGACAUCAGAACAUGUAAUUCGCAUUACAAUAUCUAAUAUAAUAAUAAUAAUGAUAUAUGGAUAUGAGAGCAGAUAAAUAUAUAAAACCGGGUAUACCUCUUUAAGGUGAUUUUAUCUAUUAACACUUUGCCAUCACAAGGCUCAUAUAGCAAAAACUCUUGCCAUCAAAAGCAAGGGCACUUUGGGGAAAAUUUUUAAAAACUGGGUGGUAAACAUCGCCGAUCGGCGAGAUGAGGCCGCAAAGUGUUAAUACCCACUCUUAAACUCAGCUUACUAACUUUGCUGAAUGAAAUGAUAGUCAUAGUCAAAAGUAACGAAGGGGAAAUAACCCAAAUUUUAACAUUAGAGAAAAGAUGUACUGUUUUCCAAAAACUUGGAGAGUUGUGAACAGCCUCAAGGGCAUGCAGAUGGUCAUGUAGAAUGCAUGUCCGUCACUCACUACUCCUAGUUUCCACAUGUACAUUACAUAAUAGCCUACAUACACACAGACAGCAUUACUUAUGAUCAUGAACUGAUUACACUUAAAAAAUUCAAUGCAGUCCACAUGAUUGCUGUGUUGUGGUUGGCACUGCUGUAUUAUUACUGUACUAUACACAGGCCCUGUCUUGUCUUGCACGAUUAUUCUGAACAAGAAAAUACACAUGUAUGUAUUCUAUAUGCAUUAAAUCAGUUUAUGAAGGUAACUGGAAAUAUCAUGAAGAAAAUACAAAA